GACCCUUCGUUCUUCCAGCAUCUGCUAUUUAUACCAACAAAUCGGAGCGCGAAACAGCGAACAUCUUCAAGUCCCGUCAAAUGGCCGGUAGAGCCUCGUCUUCGUCAUCGUCUCUUCUUCUUCCGGUAGCGGAAGAUGAAGAGGGUUUCAUAUUCGGGUCGGAGUCUGGUUGGGUCGAAGCCCGUACCCGUUGCGAUCAUUUGGAUUCUUUGUCUUCUGAUCUGUCCCAUAUCCCCACCCCAGAUACUCUCUGCUCCAGGUGCCAGCAUCCCAAAGAGAAUUGGUUAUGCUUGAGCUGCAAGGAUGUUCUUUGUAGCCGCUUUAUCAACAAGCAUAUGCUUGAGCAUUACCAGGAGAUGAGACACUGUCUGGCCCUCAGCUACAGCGAUCUGUCGGUGUGGUGUUUCUCCUGUGAUGCAUAUUUGGACGCUCAAGUGAUUUCACAGCUUCGGCCUGUGUAUGAAAUUGCUUAUACUCUGAAAUUUGGUGAAGCACUUCCAUUCCGGGCAGUUGAAAAUUCAGAAGUGGGAAAAGUUGAAGCUGAAAUUUCCUCAUCAGCCAAAUAGGUUUAUAUGGUUUCUUUGUAAUUUCAAAAGCUUGCUCCAUGUAGAUCUUGAUGGUUUUUGUAUUGUCUAUGGGAGUGAAAUGAGCUUUAGCAGCUUCAAAUGUCCAAAACUUUGGUGAACAGAUUGAACAUGAUUUACAAUUUGUGCAUAAUGACAAAGCUGCUUGUUUGAUUGCUUGA